GACGGUAUUUUUAGAGGGACAAAAAACAAAGCAGUUCCUGCAUCUGAUUAACAGAGAGUUUAUUGCCGAUGGACGUUUGGAUCAACAGUGGAAAUUGCAAUCAGAGGGCUCGCUCCAGAAACUAAAUAAAUUUAACUGUAUGGAGUUGCUUUACGGUCUGCACACAGUUAAAACACUCAGGGAGAUUCAAGGCAUAUUGAUUUG